ACAGUGCUGAAACCGCAGAGCCACUCCGACACCGACCUGAGAUGAGUUCUCACGGUGGUUUUGGAUUAUGAAUCCCUGAUGAAUUACCCUGAAGAACCGCACACCUCCAGAGUGACGCAGAUGCGCAGAAGCGUCCGUAUAAUGACACACAUCAACUAACGUCCUGGGUAGAAUUACAAACCGCUGCAGAAUAACAUUCGCCCGCCGUUUGAUAUUACCUAUAAUAGGAUGCGUCCAGAAGUGUGUGGAAGUGUUUGCCUUUGCUCAAGGUAUCUGAAACCUUUAGGUGCAUUUACAAAACCUACCCGAAAGAGCUUUUAAGAGGAUCAGCAGAAGGUGGACCUGGCCGAAAAUGAUGAUGCAAAUGCUUUUAACACUAAUGUGACAUGGUACAGUGAAGCGUUACGGGACGAGUUCUGCUUGUUUUGAAUAGCUGGUGACCCAGAACAAGAGCUGGAUUACAAACAUAACAGGAACGCAUUGAUUUUAUUGAAUUAUCAUAUGGGUUUGGACAUUUUUUUUUUACCAGUGCAAUUAAAUUUGCAUGAAUUUAGGAAGAAUAAUUGAAUUAAACUCCUGAGUUCUGACCCAAAGUAUGCAUUUCUGCAAUUAAUGAAUCUCUCCUGCAACCUUCAUUGUGUUAUCAUUUAUUGGUAAACUACAUAUUUAAGACAUUUAAGAUUCAACUUUGAAUGUUUUGCAUGUAAAAAAAAAAAGAGACUUCUUUCUUAUAUGUGCAUACUGAACAUUGAAUUGAAAUUUUAAAACUAGUCUUAGGCUGCCUUGCGAGCACUAUUAUUUCCUCCGGGAACUAAUACAUAAAACCUCUGGAAUACAUUUUUGAGAAUUAGUUGAAAAAAAGUCCUUUAGCUGAAGACACCUGAGUGAGUCUGGCACCAUAAAGGGUCACAUGUGGAAUUAUAACCAUGGCGUUAGUUUAGUCUACCCCAAAACUUAGCCUGGAAAGUGUCACUGGACUUUAUUUCUCCACUUUUUGGCUGAGGUGCGGUCGCGGGAUGCUGAAGAGCCGCUGUUGUGUCCUCCUCGGUGACCUCAAGCUGUUUCUGCUCCGGCCACAGGCUCCUACAGGCCCCAUGAGCGGACAAACAUCCAGAAUCACUCCUUAUGCGGCCUCGGAUAAUAACAACACCCUACGGGCCCACCGGCUCCAACACUGGAGUACCCCGUCCACAGAGGACACUGUUGGGCUAGAGGCAGUGACGGACAGUUCGGGGUGGACGGGCACUGCAGCGGACCUCUACCCAGCGGCCAAUGAGUUCUCAAAGGACAGAAGGGAUGAGAGGUUUUCAUUCAUCAGUUAUGCUGAAGGGACCCCCGUGUGCAGGAUAUGCUUCCAAGGGGCAGAACAGGGCGAGUUGUUGAGUCCGUGCCGCUGCAGUGGGUCAGUUCGCAGCACUCAUCAGUCGUGUCUCAUUAGGUGGAUCAGCGAGAGAGGUUUGUGGACGUGUGAACUCUGUUACUAUAAGUAUCAGGUCAUCGCCAUCAGCACCAAGAACCCGCUGCAGUGGCAAGCUAUCUCCCUCACGGUUAUAGAGAAGGUUCAGAUUGCAGCGGCUAUCUUAGGUUCCCUGUUUCUCAUCGCCAGCAUCUCAUGGCUGGUCUGGUCGUCUCUCAGCCCUUCAGCCAAGUGGCAAAGACAAGACCUGCUCUUCCAGAUCUGCUACGGGAUGUACGGCUUCAUGGAUGUGGUCUGCAUCGCCCUAAUAGUCCACGAGGGGCCCUCCGUGUUCCGAAUAUUUCAUCGAUGGCAGGCCGUCAAUCAACAGUGGAAAGUUUUAAAUUACGACAAGACGAUAGACAGGGACGAGCUGAAGAACAAUGAGGAAUGGACUCGAUCGCACCUUCACCAGAGCGAGCAAACCGGAUUGGACAUAUCACCCUCGCCUUCAUCGCUAUUGGCUGCCGCCGGAACGCCCGCCUCUGAUGCGGCGGUUAGCACUGCAACCACAAACUCCACCGCGGUCAGGCAGGAUACAGGCACACACCAGAGUGACGCUCAUGGCGACAGGGCAGCUCUGCCCAACCAACACUGUCCGUAUAACAUUCCUUCAUUUAUUGAGUCAUCUACGGCCUCACGAGCCAUGGAGCCCGGUCACUACUGGCAGUACUAACACUAACAAACCUAGAGAACUGGUUAUGAGGGUCACCACUGUCUGAGGACACGUGGACUGGAGGCCUUCUGAUGGUUACUCGAAAUGUUUUUUCAGCACAAAGAGACACUGUUUUAUCACUCUUUCUGCAUAUUAAAAGCCCAUACUGGUGGUCGACUGAUAUGGUUUUUUAGUGGCCUUUGCUGAUGCCGAUAACUAGAGCACAGGGCGGCUGAUGUGUAGAAUUCAAAUGAAUGAUGAUUGCAAAAUGGCUGAAUUUAAAGACAUUGUUUGGCAAUUCUGUGACUAUUUACUCACCGUCAUUUCGUACCAAACCUGGCCAGAAACGUAGCAUUCAGAUGCGAGCACUUGGCCCACUCAUGGCCAACAUGCUUAGUGUGCAUCGUUGUGUUACGGUGGCGGUAUCAAACCCUCAGUAGUCUGUGCCAUUAACCCCUCCUUGGUCGUAAUGCUCAAGCCCUUACGUUGUCCUUAAGGGUCAAAUUGACCCUUUGUUCACUUUAAAAAGCUUGUAUUAAAGGCUCAGUUUGCUUUCCCUCUACUUUUGGUCUUGUUCAGUCUCAUAGACUGUAAAAAAAGAUGGCCGACACCCCUUCGCUCUUUUCCAUUGGUGAGAACUGAAGCCACCAGUGUCCUGAUAUGGCGCUGACAUCUUGGGACUUGAGUCUGCGCAGUUGCGAUUUCGGGACCAGACCUGCGCUGUAGUGAGCAGGAAGUAAAGCCUUAAAGACUUAGAGACAAACAAACAAAGGUGUCUGUAAAUAUCUCUGUCCCACUGCAGUCUCCAGUCGGCCUUUAUCCCUUUCUGAUCAUACGCCGCAGAUUCGUUAGUUAAAUGUGUCUUUGCUAGUUCAUUCCUAAAUUCCAUAUAAGGAAGGCUUCAGACUAGGGAUGCACAGAUCCGGUACCUGGAUCAGUAUCAGCUUUGAUACUGAUGUUUUUAUCGGAGCUGAUUACUGGCACCAGUUGUGCAUCUCACCAGAUAUUGAACAAGAAGCUAAUUAAACUACAGUCAAAAUAAAAGCCCUAAGAAAUUACAAUGCAAAUGUAUCACUGUUGUAUAGUGCCACAAGUGACAGAUAAAAAUGUUUACAAUAAUUCAGAUUGCACCAGCGCAGAGAUGUUAAAUGAGGUGUAUGGAUCAGCCCAUGACCCUUUCACUGUCUAUCCAUUAUGACUGGCAGCUGUCAAUCAAUCAUCAAUAUGACAAAUGGCACCCAGGACAGCAGCGCCUGCAUUGUUGGGUACAACUUCUCUAUUUCUAACUCUCCCUUUCAUGCUUGCUGUUAAUGCAUGCUUUUGUUUUCAUGCGUUUUAUGAGGAUACUGAACAUCUCGAAUGAUCCGACACAGCAGCCUCUGGAAAAGCCUCCUUGAGCUAGACUUGAAAGUCAACAUGAAAUCAAAAUGACCCCAUUUACUUAAUGGUCUUAAUGGAAACAAUCCAUUGCUACACAUUAUUAAUUAAAUAAUUGUAAAACAUUGUCUUUGCAAUCUUUUAUCAGCUUGUAAAUACUUGUUUCACCUCUGAAGCAACUAUGCUUUUUGGAUGACAUCACAAGUCACCUCCAAUCACCGGACACACACUUGAUGAUCCAAUCAUUUUCCUAUGGAUACAAUCAUGUUUACGGCCCAUAUAAUACCGAUAUUAAUCAUUUUAAAUGAACAUGUCAAAUGAACUGUAUCAACUUUUACAUGGUGUGCUGAGAUCCAUAUUUGUUGCCAUUUCAGAUCCACUGGAAAAAUAAAAUCACUGCAGGAAAUGACAAACACCAGCAUGAGACUUUUAUUAUAGGCUUUGUCUCACAUUGGACCUUCAAAAUCCAUUCCUAGAGCCUCUUGGCCAUUUUCGCUCACCACUGUUACGCAUCUCAGUACCUGCAGGGCUUCAGGUAACUCGAGUGCUGAAUAAUUCAGUUGAUGAAGCGCUGCCAUCAGUGGGAAGGCGUUCAAAUAACAGUCCGUCCGCAGGAUUGAGCUCAUGUUCCUCAGCAAUUCAUUUGCUCCAAUUGCAGAUCUCAUGAAGUCAGCACCUGUUCACUUUUGGAAGGGUAUGAAUUGAAUAUUUUGUGGCUUUAAGUCCACAUCUAUAAGCUUUGAGGUCAUCUGUAUAUGCUAGUGCACUCCUCAAAGUUGUCCAAAUAAACUCGUCAGCUGAUAAAUGUACUGGGUGUGCCAUUUAAAGAAUGUGAUGCAAUCAAGUGUGCCGCACAAGCCCUCAGAAGUGAAGCCAAAACGUCUCGAUCGCCCCCCGGUGACUGGUCCUAGUAUAGCUCAUAAACCCCGCCUCCCCAUGUUAUUCAACGGGACGUGAGUCCAACUAAACAAUUAAAUUACACUUCACAUGUCUUUUUUCCAAAGAUAGUUUCUGUCAUUUACUGUCGUUUCUAUCACGUUGAUGUCAUUUCAAGUGUUUGUUUUCAAAAUAAGUUUGUUUUUAGUUAUUUGAUGCUAUAAAAACGGUGCUGUGACAUCAUGAUUGACAGCUGUGAUUGACAGGUUCUCUGAGCGAAGUAGUCACUGAAGCACCAACUGACUAUUUUUCGGGAUCUUCGGAGGACUGAGGAGAUUGGAGCUUUAAAUUUAAUAUUAAAAUUUCUAUAAUUAAUUAUUUCACACCGUCAUAAGUCAAAAGUGCAGGGGCGUGUGCUUGCGAUUGAUUCAGCAAGAGUGAGGGCGGGGCCUUGAUUUCGCGGCUUUACUUCCUGCUCACUACUGCGCAGGUCUGGUCCCGAAAUCGCAACUGCGCAGACUCAAGUCCCAAGAUGUCAGCGCCAUAUCGGGACACUGGCGGCUUCAGUUCUCACCAAUGGAAAAGAGCGAAGGGGCGUCGGCCAUCUUUUUUUACAGUCUAUGGUUGCAAUACACACAUAACUCUUUAAAGUGCCUUAAACAAACUGAAUAUCUUUCAAAUGGUUUGAUUCCAGUAACCUGGCAAGCAUUUGUCAAUCCAGUCAUUAGUUCUUCCUCAAAUGUGCUGAAAUGAAAAUGAGACCCAAACAGACGAUUUCUGCUGUUUUUGCCAUAUGCAUCAGACGGUCAAUGAUGGACUUUGGGAGUCUUUACAGGUUCCAUUGGAUAUAAUAAUCUGUCCAUGUGAAUACAAUAUUAUAGACUUCCAAAGUGAAGGCUUUCAAAACACCAUUUUCCGUGAUUUGGGAAUAUGGUAAAUCGAUGCACUCAAUUUGCGCAUGGCAACAGUUGUUUCUUUUCUUUUUCCUUAUGGCCGUUUGGUUUUUUAAUGGGAUAGGGAAUGUAGUGAGGUGACAGGAAAUGGAGAAGGGAGAAGAGUAGGAAUGGGAUCGGGAAAGGACCUCACGAGCUGGGACUUGAACUGGGGUCACCCGUGAUGCAUCAGCACCACGCGUCAUGAGCGCAGCCCGCUAGACUACUAAAUAUUGGGCAUGCACUGGAAUUUAACAGCGAUGGCGCAACGCUGGUUUGUUUUGUUUCAUGAGAUGUUUACAAGUCCACCUGCAAUUGCUUCAUCAUUACACGGCUUAUGCAUACAUUGCUUCUGCUAAUUAUAACUAAACCUUUCUAUUAACUAAUAAAUAUUUAU